AAGCACGGCACGUGCCCCUCCCGGCUGCUGCCCCCAGAACCCGUCCAGAUACAACGAACCUGGCCUCCCGCCCGAGCUAUAUGUAACCACUCAGCCCCGUUUCCCCCGCCACAGAGGAAAACACAGGAGUUAAAACACAUUUGCCAGCUCCGACAAACAUCCCUGCGAAUUUGAGAGGGAGGAAGGGUUCAUUCAGCGGCCGGUAAUCAAUGGCUUCCGCUACUGCUUCCAUCUCGUCGCACUCCAUCGCCCUGCGCGAUCUCAAAGCCGCGAGGAUUGGAGCCGUGAGGCAGCAGGUGGCCGUGGUUCCUGCGGGCCUGCCGGCAACGGCGCCCAAGGGCCAGCGCGCGAGGGCGGUGCGCCCGCUGUGCGCGGCGGAGCCAGCGAGGAAGCCAGUGUCGGCCUCCGCGGCCUCGUCGCCGGUGGCGCCGGUGGAGGAGGAGGCAUCUGCCGUGGCGGCCGUGGACUACGAGGCCCUGGUGCAGGAGCUGGUGGGCGCGUCGCCGCUGGAGAUCAUGGAUCGUGCGCUCGACAUGUUCGGCUCCGAAAUCGCCAUCGCCUUCAGUGGUGCCGAGGACGUGGCCCUCAUCGAAUACGCGAAACUGACUGGACGCCCCUUCAGGGUGUUCAGCCUUGACACUGGGCGACUGAACCCAGAGACAUACGAACUCUUCGACAAGGUGGAGAAGCACUAUGGUAUCCACAUCGAGUACAUGUUCCCUGAGGCCAGCGAGGUGCAAGACCUUGUGAGGAGCAAGGGCCUCUUCUCUUUCUACGAGGACGGACACCAGGAGUGCUGCAGGGUGAGGAAGGUUCGGCCCUUGAGGAGGGCCCUCAAGGGCCUCAAGGCCUGGAUCACCGGGCAGAGGAAGGAUCAGUCCCCUGGCACCAGAGCCAGCAUCCCUGUUGUUCAAGUUGAUCCGUCUUUUGAAGGGCUGGAUGGUGGAGCCGGUAGCUUGAUCAAGUGGAACCCUGUGGCUAAUGUGGAUGGCAAGGAUAUCUGGACCUUCCUCAGGACCAUGGAUGUCCCUGUGAACACCCUGCAUGCUCAAGGCUACGUCUCCAUUGGGUGCGAGCCGUGCACCAGGCCCGUGUUGCCGGGGCAGCACGAGAGGGAAGGGAGGUGGUGGUGGGAGGACGCCACGGCCAAGGAGUGCGGCCUGCACAAGGGUAACAUCGACAAGGAAGGUCAGGCACCCAAGGUCGGCGUCAACGGCAACGGCUCGGCCGAGGCCAGCGCCCCAGACAUCUUCCAGAGCCAGGCCAUCGUCAACCUCACCCGUCCCGGGAUCGAGAACCUCCUGCGGCUCGAGAACCGCGCCGAGCCGUGGCUCACCGUCCUCUACGCUCCCUGGUGCCCAUACUGCCAGGCAAUGGAGGCGUCCUACGUUGAGCUGGCCGAGAAGCUGAGCGGCUCAGGCAUCAAGGUGGCCAAGUUCCGCGCGGACGGCGAGCAGAAGCCAUUCGCGCAGGCGGAGCUGCAACUACAGAGCUUCCCGACGAUCCUCCUGUUCCCCGGCCGCACCGUGAAGCCCAUCAAGUACCCGUCCGAGAAGAGGGACGUCCAGUCCCUCCUCGCCUUCGUGAACAGCCUCAGAUGAGUGGUCAGAGAACCGGAGAACCAUCGUUCUCUGCAUUGGUACCGGCGGUGUCUAGGCAUUAUUAUGUAGUGGUAGCGAGAGAGGAUGGAUCAACGGAAAUGUUGGAGACAGAGGAGUGUGGGGACGCAGGGACAGCGGCUCAAAGCCCCUCCAUUAUAAGGGGGUGGGGAUUUGUGUGUAGUUGUAGCUAGAUGUUUGUAAGGAAGUUCAAAUAAGAGUACUAGUUUUGAAA